GCCUCAAUGAGUCAGCGCCGGAAAAUGGCUUACAGCCAGCAACAGAGAGCAGUUGAAGAGAAGCAGCGUCAGGAUUUCCUUAGAGAAGACCAGAUGAAAACAUUAGCUCAGAUGAAGAUGAUGGAAGCAAAUCUAAUGAGUGAUGAGCUUGUGGAAAAAAGGAGAUUCAUAAGGAGGUUAGAAGAGGAGGAACGUGAGAAGCAGAUAGAAGAAGCUAUUUUGAAGGCUGAACAAAGUCGAAUACUGAAAGAACAACAACUGGAACAAGAGGAGCGUAUGGCAAAAGAACUGGCUAAGAUAAAGCAUGAAAAACUAAAGGAUACAAAACUACGACAGCAAGUGAGACAAAACAAUGUUGAACUUCAGGAGCUGGAGAGCAAGUUGAAAGCUGCUUACAUGAACAGAGAAAGAGCUGCUCAAAUUGCUGAAAAGGAAGCCCUCCAAUAUGAGAAAAUGAAACAGGAGUCUGAAAUAGCUCAGAAAAUGAAAGAAGAGCAUAAACGAGCAUCACAGGAACAGCAACUAAAGGAACUGAGGCGUUACGAUGAGACAGUGCGUUACCAGAAGGAGCUGGAUCAGCAACUAAUAGAAAAAGAAAAGAGAAAGCAAGAAGCUUAUAAGGAAUUCCUAAAAGAGAAACUUCUGAUUGAUGAGAUUGUCAGAAAGAUCUAUGAGGAAGACCAAAAAGAAAGACAAUUAAAGCUGGAGAAACUAAAAACUACUCAAAGAUAUGUAGAAGAAUUCAAGCAAAAACAGGCUGAAUGGAGAAAAAUGGAGCGAGAAAAAAUGGAAGAAGAAAACAGGAAGAUAAUGAAGUUUGCCAACAUGCAGCAAAGAAGAGAGGAAGAUAGAAUGGCUAAAGUUAGAGAAAGGGAGGAACAUAAAGAACAACUUUACAAAAAGCUUGCAGACAACAUUGAAAAGACAGUAUAUGAACAUGAAGAAAUGGAAAGAGUCCGACAAGAGCUUUAUCUUGAAGAACAAGCAGAAGCAGAAAGGCAGAAGGAAAUCGAAGAACUAGAGAAGAAAAUUCGUCAGCGUCUGGACAUGCAACAAACAUUGCAAGAACAAUUGGCUUUCAAGCAGAUACGGCAGCAGGCUGAAAAAGAUGAAGAAGAAGCUUUCAAGAAAAUGAUGAUGGAAAAGUUUGCUGAAGAUGACCGCAUAGAACAGAUGAAUGCCCAGAAACGGCGAAUGAAGCAACUUGAGCACAAGAGGGCUGUUGAAAAACUUCUUGAAGAAAGGCGAUUGCAAUUCCAGGCAGACAGGGAACGUGAAUAUGAGGAACGGAAAGAAGAAGAAAGAAAGCAAGCACUUCAUCGUGCAAUUGUUGAGGAAGAGCGCCAGAAACUGUUGAAAGAACAUGCUACUAAAUUAAUUGGUUAUCUGCCAAAGGGCAUACUCAGAGAUGAAGACGACCUUAAUUUGUUUGAUGAAGAUUUUAGAAAAACUUUCCAGAGAAGAAAUGUUGAUAUCUUUUCUGAAGAUGGCUGGGAUUAAAAAAAGGCUAAAAACUCAAAACAGUAACAUAAGAUGUAUAAUACUCAUUAGCUUUCUGUUUUGCCACUCAAACAAGACAUACAGGAAUGUCUUGGGAUAUAAUGUAAAUGAUUAACAGUUUAUGUAAACUUUAUUUUUGGUAUUAGAUUAAAGAAUUGCAAUAAUGGUUCAUUCAUCUUUAUUAGAUUUCUUUUUUCUCAUAGUUUUGCAAUACAUUUUUCUGUUUCAUUUGUAAGCCUGAAUUUGAAGACAAUAACUUUACAGGAUCAGGGAUUGUUUUAUCAUUUUCUUUUCACUGGAAGGCAUGAGCAGUACCUGUAUAUGUUCUAAUACCAUGAUUCUUUUGUAAUAAAAUACAAAUAAAUGCAUACUAUUCUUUUCA